AUGUUCACGGCGGGCGCCUUCUUCGGGGCCGGAGCCGCUGGUCCUCUCGGAGACCGCCUCGGCCGACGAGGAACCAUCGUCACCGGAGCCGUGUUCUUCUUGCUGGGAGGAGGUCUCCAAACGGGAGCCCGUGAUAUCCACAUGAUGUGGACUGGCCGGUUCAUCUCCGGAAUCGGUGUCGGAGCUCUCUGCAUGAUCGUCCCCCUUUACCAGGCCGAGCUAGCUCACCCAAGCAUCCGUGGAACCGUCACGGCUUUGCAGCAACUCAUGAUCGGUAUCGGAGCAUUCGUUGCGACAUGGGUUGGAUGGGGUUGCUAUACCAACCUGACCACGACGAGUGCGCAAUGGCGGAUUCCGCUGGCGAUCCAGAACAUCCCAGCACUGCUUCUCGCUCUUCUGACCUUUUUGUUCCCGGAAAGUCCUAGAUGGCUUGGUGACAAGGGAAGAGACGAGGACAUGCUCAAGACCCUGGCACGACUCCACGCGAACCACAACGUCGACGACCCUUUCGUCCGGGCCGAGUAUGAGCAAAUCAAGGCAGCCAUCUCUCACGAGCACCACAAUGAAGCCAAGUCUUAUAUGGAACUCUUCCGCUCCAAGAGCUCUUUUCGGCGUCUGUUCCUCUGCUGUGCUGUUCAAGCAUCGGUUCAAAUGACUGGAGUCUCGGCGAUUCAGUACUACUCUCCUCGUAUCUUCGAGCAAAUAGGUAUUGCAACCGACGACACGCUGAAGUAUCAAGGUAUCAGCAAUGGCCUAGCGAUCAUCGCCCAAAUCUGCGCAAUGCUGCUUGUCGACAGACUCGGCCGUCGCUGGCCCCUUAUUGGAGGCAGUCUGUUCAACUCUGUGACCUUCAUUAUCGCCGCGGUUCUUCUGGCCAAGUUUCCUCCGGGCGAAUCGAAUAACCUGAGCGCUCAGUGGGGCUUCAUUGUUGUCACCUGGCUGUACAACUUCUCCUUCAGCGCCACCAAUGGGCCACUGAGUUGGAUCAUCUGCGCCGAAGUCUUCGAUACGAGAACUCGUGCUAAGGGUGUCAGCAUCACCACCAUGGUAUCAUUUGCUUUCAACACUAUGAUAGGCCAAGUAACUCCGGAGGCCAUGGAGUCUGUAGGCUACAGGUUCUACUUCCUGUUCGUCGUCUGUAACAUCACCAAUGCUAUCUUCUUCUGGGCUUUCCUUCCCGAGACCAAGGGCCGUCCAUUGGAAGAGAUGAACGAACUGUUCUCUAGCAACAGCUGGUUCGUAGCAGGAAAGACCACUAGGAGACACCACAGUCGGGACUUGGAGAACAGGCUGCAUGAGAAGGAGCGCGAGACUGUCGAAGGCUCACACGCGGAGACUGCAGAAAUGAAAUAG